GAAAGGGUGAUGGACACGAGAGGUCCUCACAAGGAUAGCAAAACCAAACGUGCGUGUGUGUGUGUGUGGGUAUAAAAUGGACAGAAACCACAGAGGCUUCAGACUUCCUCACAGCUGCUCACCAGUAACAUCAGACUGCACAAACAGAACCUUCCCAUGGAGCCUUUCGACUACGGCCUGUUGGACGGCUUCCUGGACUACGACAGGAACGACACGGAGAUUCCGCCGCCGGUCUUCCUGGAGCCCGGCCUGCUGCCGCAGCAGGUGGUGUCUCUGGUGUGCUACGGCGCCGUGCUGCUGCUGGGCGUGCCGGGGAACGCCCUGGUGGUGUGGGUGACGGGCUUCUGCAUGCCGCGCUCCGUCACCUGCCUCUGGUUCCUCAACCUGGCGCUGGCCGACCUGCUGUGCUGCCUGUCCCUGCCGCUGCUCAUGGUGCCGCUGGCGCACGACGACCACUGGCCCUUCGGCCCGCUGGCCUGCAAGCUGGUGAAGCCGGCCAUCUACGUCAUGAUGCUGUGCAGCGUCCUGCAGCUGGUGCUGAUCAGCCUGGACCGCUGGAUGCUGGUGAGCCGGCCGGUGUGGUGCCAGAACCACAGGCGGCCCCGGGGCGCUGCUCUCCUCUGCGCGGCCGUCUGGCUGCUGGCCCUGCUCGGCAGCGUUCCCCACUUUGUCUUCACCAUGGAGAUCAGCGCCGGCACCAAGAAGAAGGAGUGCCUCCUCAACUACUCGUCCUCCCAGCAGAAGAUCCUCGUCACCUGCUACAACUUCCUGCUGGGCUUCCUGCUGCCCCUGCUGGCCAUCCUGGGCUCCCACUGCAGGGUCUACCAGAAGACGGAGAGCGGGGGGUCGCGCGGUCGCCACCGCUCCAGGAGGACUCUGAGGAUCAUCGUGGCGGUGGUGUUGAGCUUCUUCCUCUGCUGGUUCCCUCUGCACCUGGUCAACCUGGCCUCGCUGGGCGGGGCCUCCGCCCGCGGCCCCGCCCUCUACAUGGCCCACGUGCUGGCCCUGUGCCUGGCCUACUUCAACAGCUGCCUCAACCCGCUGCUCUACGUCUGCCUGGGCCGUGGCUUCAAGGACAGCGUCCACCGCUCGCUGCGGAACCUCCUCCACUUCAUCAACGAAGAAACCACCGUCAAGCACAGCGUCAACAACAACGACGACAUCAACGAGACCAAGACAUCCAGCCUCGGCCGAGAGAUUCACCGACUCUGAUUUGGGCCCCUAGACUCCAAGCAUUUUCCUGUGCAUUUUUGCUACGAUACAUCUCGUAACCGGCGACCGUUGCAGCUGUGGAACACCCGCGUCUCGUGAACACUCUCAGAAGGAAGUCAUGUGACUCAGCCCGCUUUUGGUGCUGACUUUCGACACACAAGCUCCAAAAAAAGCAGCAUGACAGGGACAGAGGAAGCGAUGGUGUAACAGCUUGUGAGGAAAUACUUUGCAAAGUAUG